GCACAGGUAACCGGUGGCGACGAGGCCUACAAACGUUCCGCGUCCGUCCGGUGUCGUUCGUGAAUUCCCUACCGGCCCGUCGGUCAGUACGUGCCGUGAACUUAAACCGUUCGUGUCGACCCGCAGAGAAGUCCGUCCGCAACAGUGAGCACACGCACGCACACACCGUGAGUACCUACCACGCGUUACCUGUGGCAUAAGGGUUCCGUGGGACAAUCUUAAGGGUAUUCCGCGAGGCGUUUACGAAUAUUGAGAACGAACCGUUUUUUUUUUUUGCAUUAACCAAAGCACGUCAAGAGAUGUGGCUGAAGCUGGUAGUGGUGUUCGCUGCGGUCCAGCUGAAUCCCGCGCAAUCCAACUUUGGCCAGACGAGGACUUCGUUCAGCAACGAGCUGCGUACCGGUUUCGCCAGACUUUUUCGCAACGGCGUGGAACAACCACUUCAGCCGUCGCCGUUCGUCCUGCUGAACCCCACGGAUUUCCAAACGGUCGACGGCCCGCUCGUCCAGCGCCCGGCCCCGUUCAGCCCACUGGCCGCCACGGGAUAUUCGUCUUCGCGACCCAGGUUCCCGUUCCCUCCGAGAGGUGGUAGACGACAAAAUGACGUGUUAGUGGUGGUGGUCAAGACGAAAUCGAAUUGCACCACCCCGGGAAAAGGCGGUGGUGGCGACGGUGGCGGCGACGAUGACGACGACGAUGACGACGACGACGAAGGCCAAGUCCCGCUGAACCCGGACGACGACGUGGAAGAAGUGAGCAUUGUUGCCGGCGGCGUGGAAAAGGGCAAGGAACCGUCGCGCUGCGUGUGGGCGAUAUUGUCUUGCUGCGCCCCGUCCAACACGCCCAUCCGAUACACGUGCUUCGACGUGCUAGGCUGCAGCACCGCGUUCUGGGACACCAAUCCUUGCGUGCCGGCCAUCCUGAAGGCCGCGCUGGACCAGGCCACCCAGUUCUACGGGCCAACCACGGCCACCAAUCGCACGGAGACGCCGACCACGAUGCCACCAUCGCCACCACCCACGUCCCCGACACCGGCCGGCUCCGAACGCGUAGCCGUAGAUUUGAAAUCGUUCAUCGAGUCCACCAUCACCACCACCAGCACCGCGGCCACUGACACCACGGUAGCCGACGCGACGCAGGCCGCUUAGGCUCGACCGUUGUCCCGUGGUUGCCGUUUCGUUCUGCGGGGACGUGCGCCCGAACGGAUUCCGAUUCCGUAUUGGCCGCACGAAAGUCGACCAGGGACUCGCGUACGUCCAACGUAGAAAAAAAAAACAAUUUUUUUAUUUAUAAUAGCAUUUCGAAUUAGGAGUAAUUUUUUAUAUGCCGUUUUUUAUUUUUGUCGUAUAAAGUAAGAGGUUUACGAGUUGGUGGGUGGAAACGUAUCAAGGAGGUGUCCACCCCUGGACGUGCAUCACCGCAGUCAUGUGUAAAUGAUCGUUUUUUUUUUUUUUUUCACGAUUAUUCAGAUAGUUUGCUGUUUUUGGACGCACGGGUGUACAGUUGCAGUAGAUUUAAUAUUAUAUAAGUUGCACAUAAUUGUAUAGGUAUUGUUAAUUGCGGAUAAUCACGACUACACUGGAAAUAAUUACUUUCGACUGCACCGCGAGACUACAAAAAUGUUGUACGGUUUUUUUUCUUACGAAACGGCCAUUAACGUUUGGCCCGCACGCGCGCCCAGCUGACUUCGUAUACGUCUAUUGUAAUAUUUAGAAAAUAUAAAGGUACGUUUUAGUUA